GGUGGCGGCUGGGCGCGAUGCGGGGCAGGCCGGGCGCUCCUCUCGGCCUGGUCGGCGUCUCGGGCGGCCGCGGUGUUGGCGACCAGGAGGGCGGUGCUCGUGUGGGGAGAAGCCCCGGGCCCUUGCCAAGAAGGACAUCCUCAGGCACGACCAGUUCCUGUCCCACGGCUGCCCCUUCUCCACGGCCCCCCUGAGCGAGGCGGAGUGCCGGCAGGUGCAGCCGCUCUUCGGGGGGCACUUGAACGACCCGUUUGUGGUUCGCAACAACGAGGACCCACAGGGUUGCUUCUCGUUCAGGGGGGCGUUCUAUUUCAACGAUCGCGCGUACGGCGGCGGCUUGCGACAAGGUCGGACCCUGUAUUGCAGGAGGAUCUUCCGCCAGAGAUACGUCAAGCUUACCGACGGGACGUGCUCCAGAUACGGUUUCGCCCCGAUCGGUGUCAAGGAGCACUGCCGUGCGGCAGCCCUUGAGCUGGGACUCACCAACAGCGAGGUGCAAGCUACCGAUGAGGCAAACAGGACCGAGGGCUGCUACUUUCUCCACAAUUUCGAGGAUGAGACCGCCAGUCUGUGGUUGGGCACGAACCCUCAGAACAAGGGCAUCGGAGCGCAGGAGACGGACAUGCUCCAAAGACAGCCAAUCUGCGUGAAGCAGGACCCGCCUGGCAAGGACGUCAAGGACACUCCAAGCAAGAGCGUCCAGGCACUCUCGGAUGCCCCCGAGUCCGACCCGCUUGCCGCGCACGCAGCGUUGCACAUCGACCUGCCCGGCCACAUCGUCAGCAUCGAGGGGCCGACCAAUCGGUGUCCGAUCGGUACAGAGGCUCUCACCGAGGAGGACUGCAGGGCUCUCCCCGUCUCGCUGCAUGGGAAGCUCCACGACCCCUUCCGCAUUAGCUCCGCCGACGACCCCAAAGGAUGUUUCCUUUUCUGGCAGUGGUACUACUUUAACACGCACGACACUGGCCAAGGGCGCGAAGGCCGCACGAUUCUGUGCAAGCGCUUGGACACGUUGUCGUUGCACGCGCUUCGGGAAACUAAAGGAGCACCAUUGUCCACAGGCGGGAGCGCAUCCGUAGUUUGA